CGAGUAGCUAUUCCGUUAGAGUUUUUAGCUUCGCUCGCUGCGUUCGGCGCUCGUGGCGCACACGCUUCGUGUUCGUACGGUCUUACGUUGGCUCGCAGCUGCUGGUUCGCCGUGUGUGCGCGACCAUAAAAUUUUUCGCCAAGCAGCGCUCAGUUUCGUAUUCGUAUUUGAACGUGUCGUUACGUCGUGUUCGCAGGGUACGCGUUUUGUAAUUUGGAAAACAAAAGUGUGGCGCUAGCUGACGCACCAACAGUUCCUCUAUGGAGAUUUCCAUUCAUUCGUUCGAUGGUUCGUUAAUACCGUUAUAAAAGUGAAAACUGUUAAUUCAAAAUAGAAAGAAUAACAAAUUUAUAAGCACCUCGGGGUGUGUGGGUAAGAAGUUCCAUGAUAUACUAUGUGUAGUGCGAUUUCGAGUUCCGCGUAACGGUAUGUCGUGGGCGUAGUGUUUAAUAAUUACUGUAAAUAACAGAGAUCAUACGUAAUUCAAAGUAAUUCAAUAUAAUUGCUUGAUUUCAGUGCAAAAAUAGAAAACAGAAAAACGGUUGAUUGUCAAGUAAAGAAAGAGAAUUAAGAUUACUUCCAAAAUAUUGAAAUAUUUACAACUUUUGAAGUGAGGAGGUGAGGCUAACGGUUAUGAAGACUAUUAUUUAAGUUUACAUAAGUACCAGUACAAGUAUCUUAUAGUCAAAACAAGCUUCCGUUCCAAAAUUGCUUAAGGUUUAGUCUAAAGUUGCAGUGGUCCCGGCUCUACUUAAGUUUCGACGUACUUUAUCCGUGCUAUUGUCAUACUAACCGUAAAUAACUGGUCAUUUGCAAGCGAUAAUGAAGUACCGUCAUUAAAGACAAGCUUUGUUAGAUCUAGUCGUAAACAAGACUUAUUAGUUGCUAGUUUAAUGACUAUUUCAAUGAAUUUGGAAGCAGAGACUGGCAUAUUUUGAGGAAAAAUGGCACAAUAUAACAACAACUGUUAGUGAACAGUAAAAAUAACGGUUUAACCAGUUGCCAGCUACGUCCUUCAACUUUCGCAAGCAGCAGAAUUGCUCCACUGGCGCAACUUAACAAAACAAUAGUCUAAUAGGCAUAAACUUGUGCAUAGCUGUAAAUGUAAAAACUUUAACGGUACAUAUGUGGCGGCGUGCAUGACAAGUGUUAACGCGCACAUAAACAAAUGUUGAGUUGUACGUCUGCGUGUGUGUGAGUGAAGGAAGGCAUGCGUAAGUGUGUCAGUGGGCUUGCGAGUAUUUAUAUAAGCAGCGCAUAGUUCAUCCUCGACGACUUCGCGUAAUCGCGUUUCAACGCCACAUUCCGCGCUUCGCUGACUGACUGCCGCGCGCAUAACAAAGAAUAAAAUAAUUAUACAUGCAUGCCUGUCUGUGUGUGUGUGCGUGUGUGCGUAUGAGUAAUUGUGCAAUCUCAUAUUAUUAUAUUUAUGUGCACAUUUCAGCACGCAUGCAGCACGAAUGUUAAUGAAAUGAAAUCAUUGCUGGUAAUUGCUAUGGAGAAAUGCCGGAGAAGAAUGAGCUAAAGGUAUGCAACAACAAAAAUCAAAUAAAAACAAUAAAAAGCUGCAAAAGUAAAACAAGAAAUAAUAAUAAAAUUUGAAAUAAAAUUUAAUAAAAUAAAAAAAUCAAUUCCAUUGUGUUGCUGAAAGUGCGCACGUCAUUCAGCGACUCGCGCGCGUUUCACAGUGUUAUCGCGUGUGCGUGUUGCAUAUCCACAGGCGCAAAGCGUGCAAUAAAUUCGCAUACUUGUGCUCGCACUUGUCUGUCUCACUUGUGUACAUCAUAUAAAGCCAAAAUUGUGUCAGUGUCAUACGCAACAAUGAAAACAACAAGAGCAACAACAGCAGCGCACCAUUAUUGUGAUAUAUGAGCAGAGCAACGCGUAAACCCCAAUGCCAGCUGAAGCAACACACCAUCCAUUGACAGCAUCAACCUAUCAGCAACAUCCUUAAUAUUUUACAAAAAAGUACAGCUGAGGAAUUCGUGAAUGGGCCUGGAAUAAAUAACUGUAAAGCAACCGCGAGACUAGCAAGCAGCUCUGCAUGAGCGAAUGCUGUAAUGAAUGUCGGAAAAACGCAGGAAAAUCCUUGAAGAAUUUCAAAGGCCAAUAAAGAAGGAAAGUUUUUCUUGGCAAUUGGGGGCAGUGCACACGCAAGUGGCGGAAAUUAGGGCUAGAAAAACAAGUUAAUUAGCGAGGCUGCGGCAGUGGAGAUAUUCAGAAUAUACACAGAGAGCUGUCAAUUGAAUAGAAUUGCGUCAAACGAGGAAGAGCGCAAGAAAGUUAAGUGCAAAAAUAAAAAUCACGAGUUUGUAAGGCAAAUCAACAGCGGCAUGCCGAGUAGACCCUGAAGAGUCGAAGCAAAAAUUAGUUUGAAUUAAGCGAAACGCAGCGCAGCGUUUUCAAGGUGGCUCUCCACUUUGCAUGCUGGUCACUUGCCAUGUUGUGCUCAAUACUGUAGCCGAAUCGCUUCAUUAGAGCGUGCUAAAGUGCUGCGCGGAGCGAAACUCUUGAACGCAAAGUCAGCGGCAACUAAAAAGUCCCACGAAAUAUACCUAAAAUAUAUCAGUGUUAGUGUAUAUAAAUCUAUAUGUAUGAGCACUUAGAGACACAGUAGCGUGAAUACGUAUCGCUUCCAAGUUGUGUACAAGUUUCGACGCUGUAAAUUAAAUUGCAACUUCCGAGAGCUUCUUCCGAACAGCGGCAGCAAACGAAAGCGGAAAGCAAAAAUAAAAAACGAAAAAUAAAAACACAAUAAUGUUCGAUGCAGGUACCGUUAGUGCACAGCAAUAAAAAAAUAAAGAAAUAACAGUAGAAGCAAAGUGCAUGGUACUAUAAUAAUAACAACAACUACAACAACAAAACAACGCACAAUGGAUUUGUUAAAACUACAACAACGCGCAACGCCAUUAACGGUGGCGGCGAUGCGCUAUAACCAAAGUGAAAAUGUUAUAACAACAACAACAACAGCAGCAGCAGCAGUGUCAGCAAGCGCUACAACAACGGCAGUUAGCAGUUGCACAAAGGCCGCAGCGCCAAGAAUAUGUAGUUCAAUGCCGUCGAAAUGUAAAACUGCGUUGCGAACAUUUUCGCCAACAACAGCACAAACAACAACAACGCAAGUAACGCCAACAACCCGCAUCAACAACAACAACUGCAAAGAAAGCCCAACAACGUCAGAGCAAGCGUCGCCGCGUCUUCUGCUCGCUUCUUCCAGCUCGAACGGCUGGCGCAGCUGCAUUGUCGGCCUCGUUACAUUGUUGGUGUUCACGGCGAAUUUCAACAGCAGCGUCGGCCAAAUCGAUUGGGAUGACGACGAUGAUCCAGUAUCCACUGUGGCCGUAGAAGCCGUGCUGGGACGCACCGCAACGCUGCCAUGUGACAUUGAGCCGGAAGCGAAGGAUGACAGAGUUUAUAUGGUGUUGUGGUUUCGUGAGAGCGCGGGCAAACCACUUUACAGUUUCGAUGUUCGGGGGAGAGCGUUCGAAAAGGCGCUAUACUGGUCGGACACAAACUCAUUUGGCCCUCGCGCUUACUUCGUUACAAAUCAACAACCUGCAAAAUUGACGGUCGAGAAUAUUCAAUUGGAUGAUGAAGGCGUAUACAGAUGUCGCGUCGAUUUCCAGAAUUCCCCAACGCGUAAUCAUAGAAUUAAUUUAACGGUUAUUGUUCCUCCACAUCAGAUUCUGGUUUAUGAUGCCUCUGGACGAGAUGUCGCCGGCGCUGUGGGCCCACUGCUCGAGGGCGACAACAUUGUGUUGACAUGUGAAGUGCGUGGCGGUCGACCAGAGCCUGUGGUCAACUGGAUCAAUGGUACGCGUCUACUGGAGUCGGGCAAUGGAGUGUCGAUGGGCCGUCAUGUGACCGUGAAUCGCUUGGAGGUGCCGAAUAUAUCACGGUCCGCGCUCAACAAUACCUACCGCUGUCAGGCUUCGAAUACGAAGUUGGUGCCACCAGUCGAGCGCAGCAUACGCAUCGAGAUGCUCCUGAGUCCAACAUCGGUUAAUCUCACAAAUAAACUGAAAGUUUUCUCUUCCGGUACUCAAUAUAAUUUAACUUGUGUCGUCGCCGGUUCAGUGCCUGAUACAGAGAUACGCUGGACACAGAAUAAUCGGCCUUUCAAACGAGGAACUCUAACGACGACUCAAAGCAAUGGUAGAGUCUUCUCCACGCUGUCCUUCCAUCCACAACCUGAAGAUGACGGCACUUUGUUGAAGUGUGCCGGUUCCAAUCCGCGAUUGCCGAUCUCCGCAAUGGAAGACUCGCUUAUGCUGAAUGUGAUGUAUCCACCGCAAGUGACAUUAUCGCUGGGUUCAACACUUAAACCGGAUGAAAUCAAGGAAGGCGACGAUGUUUACUUCGAGUGCCACAUAAAAGCCAAUCCGAAGGAGCAUCGCAUUACCUGGUCACACGAUGGCAUUCCGGUCACCCAGAACGUUUCGUGGGGCGUCAUCAUUUCCACACGUUCGCUGGUGUUGCAGCGCGUUGCACGCGUCCACGCCGGCUUCUACGCCUGUGCGGCGGCCAACGACCGCGGCGAGACGCAGAGCUCGCUGGUGAAUUUGCGCAUACGUUAUGCGCCAGUUUGUAGCACGAAUACGAUGAUUGUGAUUGGCGCCUCACUGGAGGAGGCUGUGCCCAUACCGUGCCGCGUGAACUCCGAUCCACCGGAAAUUGAUUUCGAGUGGACUUUUUCGACAAGCGGUGAGCACUUUGAAGUGCCAUCGGGCCACUACGCAACAAUACAGGAGGCCACAACAACCGGCGAUGUACACCGCACCAUAAUCGAAACAAACGACACACACUUCGAAACCUACGUAGAAACCGUAAGCGAAUUGAUAUACACACCCAAGGGCGAACGGGACUAUGGCACAUUGGCAUGUUGGGGCCAGAAUUCAAUUGGCAAACAAACGGAGCCUUGUCUAUUUCAAGUCGUGCCAGCAGCCAAGCCGGGAGCAUUGCGUAACUGUACACUGCGUCCAUAUGUGGUGACCUCUGCCUCGCUAAAUUCAUCGAAUCAGACAACAAUGCAUAGCAAUCAGAUGAUGCCAGCACAAUAUGGACGACAGGAAUCAAAUUUUCCGCAUACGGAGUACGUACGUGAGCGACAUAAUAACAAUGGCAACAACAACAACAAUAACAGCGCCAACAACAAUGGUAAUAAAAUUCACAAUGGAAAUGGCAGCGGCAGCAACAAGGCAAUCAGCAGUGGCAAAGGCAAUAAUAAAAUCAACAAUGUUGUUAAUAAGCAACAGCAGGAGAAGAGGAAAAAAGCAGCCAACUCAUUUGUGGAGCAAAAGCAGAAGAAAUUGCAAUACCAACCAGUGCGGCGAUUGCAACCCAGCGAACAACAGCAACAACAGCAAUUACAACACCUGAAGAAACGCACAUCUUUUACACCAUCUCAAACGCUAGCGGCGCUCAAACGGCAGCAACAACAGCAGCACGGCAAGGCGAGCGGCGGAGCCAAGACCGAGGCAGGAAAUAUCGAGGCAAUUGGCUACGGCAAAAAGUUGUUAUCGAGUGCAACGCGCAGCCCGACGGCUGAUGGGAGCGCCGGAGCGCGGCGCACGGUGUCUGCUGCAGCAGCUGGUGCUGGAAAUGCCGCAGGCAACUUGGCAACAAUGGUGUAUAUCAAUAACAAGACUGAUGGAUUGCCCACGAAGACACGGAUGGACAACAAACAUCGGUCGAAACGUGCCGCUGACGAGCGUGCAACUACAGCAACAGCAACGCUUGCACAGCACAAAAACAACGUGAGUUCUAAGUACAAGCAGAAGAAGAAGGCAUACAAGCUGGCCGUGGCGACGAAGGAGCUGCAGUCGAGAAACCGAACUUCAAAGCAGACGCAGAAGAAGAUAAAUGCGAGCAAAAGGCAGAAAUCAAAUUUAUCAUUGCCAAGAGUUGCUGCUGGUGCGGCGGCUGUCGUCAUCAGCGGCAACAAUGCAACGACGAACGGCAGCGGCAAGCAAACGCCAGCAACGAAAUACUACAAUUGGCGGCGAAAAAACACGCACAAACGUGAGAUCUCACAAGAGAUGAGCCAAGUAAUCCAUCAUUUAACGCUAACAGCAUCAACAACAACAACUGCAGCUGCAACAGAUACGUCAAAGGAAACGGAAGCGGAAGCGACAAGGCGACUAGUGAAAAGAGAAAUCGCAACAGCAACACCCAACAAAUUGAACCAGCACCCAGCACACAUGAGCGGAACAAGUAGAGAUUUAGCCGCAGUAAUAGCUUCUGGUACAGCCGCCACUAUAAACAAGGCCACCGCUCACUUGCCAGCCGACAAUUCCAUUAACUCGGUGCAACAGCACACUGACGGCGGCACUACACCUAAUGAAUCCGCCGCACUGGAUGCAGACUCAUUCGAUAAGGUGCGCAUACGCAAGUCUUUGACAGCCAAAAACGGUGGCGCAGCGGCGGACGACGGCGGGGUGGCCGGUAACUUUUUGCAACAUGGCAAAGCCAGUCAUCACAUUAGCAACUUUUCUAGCAGCGAUAACACCAAAGCGAACACGCAAAGCACCAAAGCCAAUAGCCACAAUGCGCCGCCCAGCGCGCCCGAAAUAAGCAAUCACGCGGCCGCUUUUCACCAGCAGCAGCACGAACAGAAAGAGGAGCCGCAGCAACAAAACAUUUCAAAUGAUAAUCGCAACAUCGAUGUUAUUGGCAUGCAACGCGCAAUUAAUGAUCUCGCCGCCAGCUCGGAUGAGAGUGGUCGAGCAACGGAGAUUUUUGGCAGCAGCAAAUUUGCUUAUGACGAUGACAUGGCCGAGAUUGACAUGGCCGUUGACGAAGUGGAUGCUGACGCCGCCGAUAUGGAGACGGAAUUGGUAGGUGCCGAUGCUGAUGAAGGCAGUGACAUUGACGAUGCAGAUUUAAAUGGCAUCAUUGAACUGGAUGAAGAGCUAUCACCGCCCACCACGAGCGCCCUGCAAAGUGAGUUACAUUUAUCAGCCGACGCGGCGGAUGCGCCGCAUUUCGAGUACUCACGCAUGGAGUACAGUUUCAGUAAUGGCAUUGCAACGCACAGCCUCGUGGGCAGCAAUGACAACGGACAUGGCCUUGGCUUGGAUGCGUUGGGGAAUGGUGACGGCGGUGGUGGUGGUGGUACCAUUAAUCUCGAGAAUUACGACAACAUUAUUUAUUCAACCAUGGAGUUGGAAUGCAUGCCGGGCUACGAUGGUGGUCUGCAGCAGCAAUUCUUUCUGGAAGCGUACGAUUCCAAAACGAAGAAGUUGCGUCUGAACACCUCAAGUACCUACGCAGAUAUACCCAUAUUUCGCAUCGAUUUGAGUGAUUUGACCUCAAUGGAUUACUAUCCGGAUCCAAAUCCAGCGCUCCAUUUAGUCGUUUACAGUGUCAAUCAGAAAGGUCGUUCGGAACCAAUUGUUUUGGAGAAUAUACCCAUCAAUGAGGCGGAGAAGCGGACAGACGGACGCAUGGCUUCUAUACUUCCACUUGCUGCCCUACUCACUGGAACUCUCUUCACUGUCGGCGUUGCUGUGCUCUUCGUUGUGGUAAUCGCUGUGCGGAAGAGACGAUGUCAGGGUGGACGUAACCUAUGCGACGACAAAGACAAACAUUUAGGUAUGGAUGUGACUGUGACGGCGCCACUUGAGACUGGAGCGGGUCAUCAGCGUUUAGUCGUGGCUUACACACUCAAGCAGGGCAUCGAAAAACAACCGGACAUUUUGAGCGCACAAAAGAGUGCGACCGGCAGCGAUACAUCUUCGCCGCUAGGCAGCAGACCCGGUGGGCUGUACCUCGGUGGCAGCGGUGCUGCGGGUAGUAAUUGUGGUGUUCCUGGAAAUAAAUCGAACUUCACAACCACAGCCAGUACAAAUGCAGUGACGGAUUAUGAUACUUCCAACAUCGGUUACAACGAUCCUGCCAAUUCCAACGACCUACUCAACAGCCCUCCCUCACAAUCGAGCACUCUCAAAUUGGGCACAGAUCUUCGCAAAACCUACCAGAGUCCACAGCAACCACUGCUCUACGACGCAUUGCCGCUAAAUCGGCACGAUAUCUCGCGAUACGAUCCGCUCGGUCUCAACUAUGGCGGCAGUAACAGCACACUCAAUUCGGCGGGCAGCGCCGGCAACGCAUCCAACAAUAUGAACAAUGCAGCUUCCAGUGGCACCACAACGCAAUCCAUAAUGCAGAAUAAUCUCAGCAAUGGGCACUACGUCAAUCAUCACACAUUGCCUCACCCGUCUUCAGCAGCCACUCACGCGGGUCUGCUUCACAUGCAACAACAACAGCAGCAGCAGCAUCAAUCAACACUACCAGCUGAUGAGCAACUAUCCAUCGCUGAUUAUCUCGCAGCGAGUAGCCUAAUCGAUUACAACUUAAGUAAAGCGGCCACGGGAUUGCCACCUGGCAUGUCUACUGGUAGUGGCCACAUGACAUUACCCAAGGGGCUAGGCAUAGGUUCCUUACUGGGCGUCGGCAGUGGCAGCGGCAACGGCUCGUUACUCUCACAAAGCUCGCAUCCCACGAGCAUUACACCAACAGCAACGAUUACACAGAAAACGAACGCAAAUAGAAAUCACAUUAUCACGGACACAUUACCAGGUCCCGAGAGUUGUGUUUAAGUUAUAGAGCAUACAUUAUGAUAUAUGUAGUUGUAAGUUAGUCGUACAAGCGUAGAAACACUGCUGCGCUCUGAGAAAAUUAAUAUUAAAGUUUAUAUAUAUAGGCAAUGAAAUGGAAAGAUUUGAACGAACACUAUCAAUAAUUUCGCAAACCAAAAAGACUGGUGCAAUCUACAAAUAGUUAAAGAGCUAUAAUCACACCCAAAUGCACACAUACCAAGGCAUAAGCACACACAUAUUUGUUUUGUGGGAAUUAAGAACAGCAACACUUUUGAGGCAUCUGGUAUUAGAGGAGGCCCAUAAGGUCCAUAUAAAGGAGAUCUAUGUUAAGAAGAACAAAUAAGGGCAACAGAAGAUAAAGACAUAUUUAGAAAAGUCAGCAAGUUUUUUUGACUUUUCAUGGAAAAAAGACACUUUUGGCCUAAAAUAUAGCUUAUAAAAUUAUAUAUUAUUUUGAGAUGUAUUACUGGCCAUACAUUCCAUAUAGGGAAAUUUUGAUAGACUCUAGAGUCCCCCAUAGUAUGCUAACCAUAACUAACGCUGCAACAGGCACUAAGAACUUUUCUACUACAAUCCACCUGUUCAAACAGGCUUAGAUCGCCGAAAGGACAACCAUUGAAUGAAAUCCCGGUCAUUCCGGUGCCGCGAAGCCGGCUGUCGUUGGAAUUGCUUUGAUUUUCCUUUGCUAUUUUUCGGUCAUUCCCCUGUACCAGAUAUUACGAUGAACUUGAUGAGGAUCGUAUACAAUUUUAUUUGCCGAAAAAGAGCUUCAAUUUGUGGGUGGCAUAUAUAAUCAAAGGAUAUGAUAUCGAAUAACUUGAUUUAACUGAUUUUUUUAGGUGAUAAUACAUUCGUACACAUUUUUUAGUCGAUUUGAAGCUGGAUCGAUUCCCUCGUCUCAACUUUGGUUGUCUGGUUUAUCAUUACUUUGCCCUGCAACACGUAUCUCUCCCAUGUGUGUUCUCGAAAACGUGUUCCAACAACCCUGAAAUCAAGCAAGCAAUGUAUACUGGCCUAUGUCAAGCCCUCAGACUCCUAAGGACUGUGGUGAUCGGGUGAAGAAUGCGUAAAUCAAUGGAAUAAAAAUUAGCAAAAAAUAAUAGUAAAAAUCAAUAAAAAAUAAACAAAAAAUAUAGAAAAUUGACAGUUGCUUAUAUUGUAAUUAUAGCAUUAAUUUAGACUCUAAGUGCUGUGUAAAUACAUAUAUAUACGAGAAGUAAUUCUAAGUAAUUUAGAGAGCAAAACUUAAAAAUUGAUGUAUAUAACGAUCUAAGUGUUCUUGUUACACGGAACAUGGAAUUACUGAAGUAAACUUCGAAAAAUAUAAUAAUCCAUGCAAUUGCUAAGGAAUGAUCUUGAAUCAAUCUAGAAUUUAGCUAAUUCUAGUUUAAUAAUUACAAACAAAUAGACAAAUGCAUUUCACCCAGUUUGGAAUUAAUUUAAUUUAGAUUAUAUUUAAUCGUUUUAUUAAAGUUGAAAAGCAUAUUUCAACAAAAGUAAUACUUCCAGUUACGUAAUUUUAAAUGUAUCGAAUGUACCGUACUUCCUACAAUCUCCUGCCGUAGCAGUAAAACAUAUCAAAUACAUAUACAUACAUAUAUACAUAUGAAGACAUUUACGAUAUUACCGACAUAUCUAACUUAAAAGCCAUAGACUGUCUUUUAUAAAUAUUAACCGAUAUACUUUGGGUCUAAUAGGCGACAAUAAAAACUCACAUAUCUGCAAACAACAACAAUUUGAUUCGAAAAAUUGAAAAUUGAAAACGCUCAAAUAUGCAGCGUGCACAUUUAGCCAAUGCUCAACCAACUCCAAUCCCGAUUGACCUGGAAAUCCAAGAAAAUCGGCAUUCAUACCUGUACACACUCACACACGUGCACACAUUUGAUUAUUUCAACUCUGCCGUGCAACAACAACAACGCCAACUGCUAUCAAUACAACCGCAGCAAUCACACACACACAGAGACGCACAAUCACCACUUGCCACCAUUGCCAUUUGCAUAAGCACAGACACACACACACAUUGAAAUAAGGCACCUUGCCUUAUAAUGGGUGUGUGUGUGUGCAUUUAUCUGCGCGCGCUUUUUUGUACGUUUGUAUGUGUGGAUGUAUUGGUGCUAUAGUUAAGGAUUUACGAAAUUGCAUUGCAAAAUGCGUCAAAUCGUUUGUCUUCUCCAUCUGCCUCCGCGCGGCUAUGCUAACAGCUGGAGGGGUCUUGCUGGCUGCAAGCUUUGGUUCAAAUUUUAUACCAACAAUAAAAGAACUUUAAAAACACAUUAUCAUCAUUCCGAAAGUUAUAUUGGACACGUUCAAUAUUUUAUGUUUUUUUCCUUUUUCUUUUUGUUGUUUUUGGUAAUACAUGCGCACUUCGGUUGUAAUACGAUUGCAUUUUUAUCUUUGUUGUAAUCGGAAAGUUUCUAAUGCGAACCCUGCAAAGACACCCUGUAGGAAUAGGGAACUGUUAUGGGAUGCUUUAUACAUUCAAACUAUCUUUGAAAAGAGCUUUUAAAUUUCUGAGUCGUCGAUUUCCAUCAUCAUCAAAUGACUAUAGAAUUUAGUCUGUAUUAUUUCAUGUCUGGAUUUAUCUUUAAAACCUGUCACAUGGUCUCAUAGAGCAUAACAGGGAAGCCCUUUCACAAUUUCAAGUAUAAAACCAUGCAAAAUCCUUACCUUAGACUUUCUAUUCCAUCAUUAAAAUGAAGCCAAGAGCUCAGACAAUAAUAAAAACAAGCAUUAAAUCUUCAAUACCAAAUGCAAAAAUCCCUGCCGUGGAGUUGAAGCGCUGCACAUUAUCUCCCCUUCAGUGGCCACCACUACAACUACAACUUCAACUUCAACUAAAUAUUAUGAUAAUAUAACUGUUAUUUUGAAUGUAAAAAUACAUAUUAAUCCCGUCAAGCGAUCGUAUAGAAAAUUUAUAUUGCUCUUCCUCAACAAUUCCAGCCAAUAAGUUCGCAAUAACGAACUUCACAAAAGUAAUAUAGCAAUUACAAGAGCCAUGGUGCUGUACAAUAACAAUAUGCCAUAAAAGCUCGAUAGGAAGUUGUUGAGUGCAGCGCAAAAGUUUUCCACUCUCCACAAGUGGGCGGGCAGACAGCCGCGGCUGAGGUGUGAGGAUUGUCAUAAGCUGAAUACAUAACUGCCGGAAAAUGACAAUAUGACGACAGUAAAUGGAAAACUUUUAAUAUUCGUGUGCAAUGAUUUAUGAAUAUAUCUUUACAUGCAUACAUAUAUACAUAUAUCACAAGUAUGUACCUCCUUAUGUAUAUAUCAUUACAUAUGAAAUACUUUAAAAACAAUCUCAAGCAAACCUUUAAAUGGAUCCUUAAAUACAGAAAAUACAGUCUCCUCGAAUUAAAAUAUAUCAGAUUGGAUCCUUUUUUCAAACGAUUCGAUGACGAAUGGGGAUGAUGUAGGAUAAGAUAAGCGAGUAUGUCUCCAGACC